AUCCUCACUUGCCGCGCCAACACGUGGUCACUUGUUUACAUCGCGGCGGCGUGGGAGGCGCAGGGCGGCAGGCUGGGAAUAUACUGUGGCCCCACAGCCUAACUAGCCCCAUAAAACUCCAAAAGAAGAAGGCUGGGAAUAUUGUUUACUGACAAUACUUACUCCGCACCGUCCACAGCAUCUCCACUUGAACUAAGGCAGCUAUGGCUUUCCGAGGGCGAGGUGGAGGUGGAGGGCGAGGCAGAGGGUUCCGAGGUGGUGGUGGUGGCCGAGGAGGCGGAGGUCGUGGAGGUUUCCAAGGGGGCUGGGGUGGCGGUGGCAGGUACGACCAGGGACCCCCAGACGAAGUCUUUGAGUUCGGGGAAGUCAUGCACACAUGUCAGGGCGACUUGGUGUGCAACGUGACCCACAAGGAUGUCCCUCACUUCAACGCACCAAUCUACAUGGAGAACAAGGAGCAGAUUGGCAAAGUGGAUGAAAUCUUUGGCAGCCCGAUGCAGAAGUUUGUGUCCGUUAAACUGGAUGAGAAUAUUAAGGCUUCCUCGUUUGAGAAGCUCUCAAAGAUCUAUAUCAACCCCGCCAAGCUGCUACCGCUGCACAUGUUCUUGCCAGGCAACAAGUCACGGGGCGGCGGCCGGGGGCGGGGCGGCGGCCGGGGCGGACCAGGAGGACGGGGCGGUGGGCGUGGUGGAAGAGGAGGGAGAGGUGGCUCCUUUGGAAGAGGAGGAGGAGGAGGCGGCUUCGGAAGAGGAGGGAGCUUUGGGGGAGGAGGAGGAAGAGGAUUUGGGGGAAGAGGAGGGGGCUUUGGGGGACGAGGAGGAGGAGGAGGAGGCUUUGGGGGACGAGGAGGAGGAGGAGGCUUUGGGGGAAGAGAUAAAGUAUUUAAACGGUACUAAGUAAUUAAGAGAUAAAGUAUGGAAAUGGUACAAUAAGUCUCUUUUAUCUGAAAAUCAUGGGACUUUAAAAGUGUCGUUAAAUAAAAAUUUUCGUAUGAACGAUAAUCUACAAAAUACAAGGGAAAAUAGAUUAAAUAAACGAGCUGACGAAAUUUGUUGACAAACUUCUCUGCAGCGUCCAUGUCAGCCAAAUUUUUUUCACCACACAUCUUGUUUCUUGAUGCAAUGUUUUUUUUUUUUUUUUAAACUUUUGGAGCCAACCAAUAAAGAAUUCUCAUGGCUCUUUCAGUUCCAUGAAUUCAUAGAAAUGCUUAGCCUUUUCUAUGAUGAACAAUACAUAUGUACUUUCAAAUAUACACACAGAUAAAAGGUUCAUUAAGUUUUUAUAUGUGUGUGUUUGUGUGUAUGUGUGUGUGUGUAGCAAAAGCAAUCACAAGCAGACAUAUGUACUUUCAUAUAUACAUACAUAAAGGGUUCAUGCAAGUUUUUAUAUGUGUGUGUAUGAAUCGGUUUGUACGUUAGGGCCGGAUUUAGACCUGGGGUGGGUUUGGGGCACUUCACGUUCGAGGGGCCUUCAACAUAGGAAUUAUAUUUAUAAUUUACAUUACAAAUGAAUGAAAUAAUUUUGUUUUAAAGGAAUGAAUUUUUUUUAUAAAGGAAGUCCUUGGGUUGGGGUGGAGGGGGCUGUAUUACAGGGGGGCUCAGGGCAAUUACCCCCUUUGCCCACUUAUAAAUCCGGCCCUGUGUAUGUCAAUGUAAUGGGAUAUGUAUGUAAGUAAAUUUUUGAAGUUGAUAAAUUUACAGUUGGUAUAUCAUGUUUUUCCUGGCAUUUUUUUCUGAAGAUUAUUAUUACUUCAUCAACAUGGAUCUUAGCCAGGCAAAUUAACUUAUUCAUCUAUUUUACCUGGAUUGAUGCCAAACUGCAAAGUCCACAAGAGGUUUAUAUUAUGUUAAUGGAAUAAAAUAAUUUUUUUA